UACUCUUUUUUUUUUGUGUCACUGUCUGACAUGAAAUCAGACUAAACUUUUCCAGGUUUAGGUCAAUUACAAUUACCAAGAUUAAUUCCAUUUGGUAAAUGCCAGAACAUUGAGAGGAUUUUUUUAGACAAUUUUUCAUUACUUUCUUCAAUGUCAUAAGUUUACAUACAGUAAGAUUUCUAUGUCUUUAAACAAUUUGGGAAAACCCAGCUGAUGAUGAUUUCAUGUCUUUGGAAGCCUCUGAUAGGUUUUUUCCCCCCAGCAUUUAAGUUAUUUAGAGAUUCCCCCUUUAGGUGUAUUUGAAGGCACAAUGGAUUCCUAGUGUAACAUUAUGGGAAAGUCAAAAGAAAUUAGCCAAGAUAUCAGGAAGUGAAUUGUAGACUUGCGCAAGUCUGGUUCAUCCUUGGGUGCAGUUUCCAGAUGGCUGAAGGGGUCAUGUUCAACUUUUCAAUUACACGCAAGUAUAAACACAGUAGGUAUGUCCAGCCAUCAUACUGCUGAUGACACUAAAAUUGAAUUAUUUGGCCAUAAUGAGCAUCGUUACGUUUCGAGGAAAAAGGGGGAAGCUUGCAAACCUGAGAACACCAUCUCAGCUUUGAAAUGUCGGGGUGGCAGUAUCAUGUUUUUUUUUUUUUUUUUUUUUUUUUUGCUGCAGGAGGGGCUAGUGCAGUUCACAAAUUAGAUAGCAUCAUGAGGAAAGAACCUCUCAAGACAUCAGAUGAGGAGUUAAAGCUUUUUAAAUGGACAAUGAUCUGAAGCAUACUGCCAAACUAGUUGCAAAGUGGCUUAAGGAUAACAAUGAAAGAUAACAAAGUCAAUGUUUUGGAGUCGCCAUCGCAAACCCCAGAUCUCAAUCCUACUGAAAACUUAUGGGCAAACCUGUUUACAACUGGUGAUGUGUUUUGAAUCGGAUUUUUCUGCAUUUCUCUCGAGAAAAUCUUCCAUACAAAGACCAAAUCUUUAAAAGAAGCCCCAAAGCCUUUACAGUACAUUUCCACCAAGUCUUACAAUGGUUAGACAUGGUCUGUAAACGGUGAGUAGAACGCAAAGUUUUGACUUCUCGCUCCCUCUCUUGCGGGCAACAGAUGGUGUGGUGAUGUGCAGCAUCAAACAUGUUCAGGAUUAAGGAGUGCACAUGUACCAGAUUGUGUCAUCUGUUCGAUAGGACCCGGACGUAAACAAAUGCGAACACUUCGUACUUCAUCACAAAGCCAACCACAGUUUAGAUUAUAAAUAAAAAAGUAAUAGUUUGUUCAGUAGUAACCAUGCAGUCGAAACAAAUUACUGAAAUGUGACAGAGUGUCUAAAAAGUGUCUAAAAAGACCAAAACCAGGGAAAAAAGGGCACUGGACAUCAACAUUAUUGGAGCCUCAAACCAAAAAUAGUUGAAAAUGUAUGGCAAAGUGGAAGUCUUUGAAUACACUAACAUUCUCUGUUAUCAUCUGUAAAUAUUGCAAACAGACAUGCACAUGUUCACUAUAGUCAUGUGUGAAUACGAGUUUAAUUUGUUCUGCGGACAAGCUCGUAAUGUAAAACACUCUGAAAUCAUCUCUCCCCAUUGAAAGCAAUGGAAAUGCUAUUAAUCUGUUCCACCCCACCAAAAUACAACAACAAUUUUGUAAUGUGUUUUUAUAUAAGAAAAAUAUCCCUCUACAAUAUUGUACUUUAUUAAAACAUGCAGUAGUGGCAUCAUUAAAUACAAUGUAAAGAAUUCAACAGUUUCUGCCACUUAUUUGCUUCAAUUUAAUGGACAAUGUGCUGCUCCUUCUGGUGUGCGCAUCUUGGCCACCUGGGGACACUAUAAUAUACUGAAUACAUUCUUAUAUAAACGAUGAAGACAGUCACAACUGCGCAGUAGUAUUAGUUUUUUUUUUUGGGUUGUCGUAGGGAGUAAAAAUAUAUGCCUGUGAAUAUUGUUAUAUUAUCUGUCAAUAUGUGUCGCUCCACAAUUUGUGUUGAAAUAUCCAUCGCUUAAAGAGUUAUAACACUGCAGUCCGUGACACACAUGCUAUCCAUUUGCCAGUCUAUGGCGUUUUGCAUUGUUCAUUAGCAUUAAGCUAAACAGACUUUAUCAAGGCAAAGCUAUGUGGUUGUUUUAAAUACACAAAUUGUAAUUCUCUAUUUUGUGUAGUUUAAAAGUAAUCUUCAAUUGUAAGUGGCAAUGAACAACUUGAAGCCUCUGUUUUUGGAAAAACUGUUCACUAUCUGACAGACUGCUCAGUGACGUGUAAAGAUAUUGAUGCUUACAAAAGUAGAGAUUCUGUGUAUCUCUAAUAAAAGUCUGUCCAAAUUGAGCUUCAGACUAAUCUGAAUGAGAGGAAGAAGCCAGGCAGACGCCUAAGUGACACAUUUGUCACCUCAGAGUGAAACAUUUAAUAGUCAAAAUGUCCAAUUAGACCACGUGGCUGAAGUCGCUGCAGUCGCCCCCCCACCCUCUCUCUCGGAUCACUUGUAAAGCAGAACAGAAUGACCCACACAGUCACCGGGCCAGUGUGGAGAAAUUAGUUAAGCCUAGAGGAAGUGUGAGUUCGUUAGUGAGUGAGGCUAGCGCAUCAUGGAGGAACUGGCCCGGGAGAGCAUCAGCCUGCUGGCUCGGUCUGCUUCCCAUUCGGAUCCCCCGCGGCUGGGAUCCUUUGGAGCCGUUUUCAUCAUGCUGAAGUCUGCGCUUGGAGCCGGACUGCUUAACUUCCCCUGGGCCUUCCAGAAGGCGGGGGGAGUGACUACUGCUGUUAGUGUGGAGCUGGUAUCUCUGGUGUUCCUGAUCAGCGGACUGGUCAUCCUUGGCUACGCCUCGUCCGUCAGCAGACAAAAGACGUACCAGGAUGUGGUGCGAGAAGUGUGUGGACGAGCCAUCGGCCAACUCUGUGAGGUCUGUUUCUGCUUCAACCUCUUCAUGAUAUGUGUCGCCUUCCUGGUGGUGGUGCAGGACCAGCUGGAGAAAUUGUGCAUUUCUUUAUAUGAGACGGUGACCGGGUCAGGUGAAGGGGAAAUGCCGUACCACUGGUACACUGACCAGCGCUUUGCCCUCUUCGUCAUGUGUCUCGUAAUCAUCCUGCCGCUGUCCAUCCCGAAAGAAAUUGGCAUCCAGAAAUACACAAGUGUUCUGGGGACACUGGCUGCGACCUAUCUGUGUGUGGCGGUGAUUGUCAAAUACAACCUGAUGGAGAACCACACGGCCAUUCUAACUCCAGCACACACUCAAGGUGUGGGCUCGUGGGCAUCCAUGUUCAGUGUUGUGCCGACCAUCUGUUUUGGAUUCCAGUGUCAUGAGGCCUGUAUAGCAAUCUACAGCAGCAUGGAGAACCAGAAAAUUACACACUGGGUGAUCAUCGCCGUCAUCUCCAUGCUCUUCUGUUUGCUCAUCUACACUCUCACUGGAGUCUACGGCUUCAUGACAUUUGGUCGAGAAGUUGCCUCCGAUAUCUUGAUGUCAUAUCCGGGGAAUGACGUUGUCAUGAUUAUUUCCAGAUUGCUUUUUGGAAUAUCAAUCAUUACUAUUUAUCCAAUUAUUCUUCUCCUGGGGAGAUCCGUCAUCCUGAACCUGAUGGUGCGAAUCCAAAGGCGUCGUCUGGGUAUCGUCACAAGCUCCUUUGAGAGUCGCUGCAGGGCGCUUCUCACCGUUAUCUGGAUCACCGUUACUCUUCUUAUCGCCAUGUUUGUCCCUGACAUGGCCGAGGUCAUCAGUGUCAUUGGAGGAAUCAGCGCUUUCUUUAUCUUUAUCUUCCCUGGUCUUUGCUUGGUGUUCAUCAUGCAAAAUGAACCUGUGAAUCCAAGAGUCAGAGUCGUUUUAACAAUUUGGGGUAUCAUAACCAUUGUUGUGGGAGCCUUCAUCUUCGGACAGAGCACGACAAUUGCUGUCAUGGAACUUCUAGACAAGUUCUGAAUGUCUUAACUAUCAUCAUCAUCAUCAUCAUCAUCAUCAUCAUCAUCAUCAUCAUCAUCAUCAUUAUCAUCGUCAUCAUGGCGCUUUACUGUGAUUCCUGAGCAAUUGGUGGCACUUUUUUAUUUUUGCACAAGUGAACAAACAUUUUCCUUUUUUUUUUUUUUUUUAAACUUGUGUCUGUGAUCCCCAUUUAGGUCAUCCACAAACGUGAUAUUUUAUUGGUUUAUUGCGUGUGAGUGUUAUCGUUGUGUAAUGUAUCAUUUAAAUAGGUCCAAGUAAAACUAAAAUGAAUAUUUUGUUGUUUUUUAUUAUAAAUGUUUACAAGGUCAAAAUAAUAAAUCUCAAAAUAAUUAUAAUUGGAUUUCAUCUGAAAAUACAGCCUCUCUAAUAAUACAAAUCACAAAAUGCUUUCAUCUUGAAGCUGACAGGGGGCAGUAUUGCAUCUUUUAUGAAUUAUAAUUUGUAUAUCUAGCUGAGUACAGUACAUACUGUAGUACUGGUACUGCAUGCAUGGUUCAAAUCUCUUUUCAUUGCAAACAUGAUUAUUUUGGCAUCUUUUCGCAAUUAGACUGAUUGUUUACCUCUCUUAGCUGGUGAAGUACCAUGAUCAUUUCUUUCUCGAGGACAAAUUAUAUAUUUUUCCGUAUUCUUUAUUUCUGCCAUGUUCAUGUGUUGAAUCAUCCUAUGGCUGACUUUACUCUUUACCUGUCACCAGGCCAAGACUGAUGGCUGAGGUAUGCUGAAUAUCACUGUCCUGACUUGCAGUAGUUAUGGUAGUGCACAUGCUCACUCCAUGUGCAGGAUUGACUAAUGUUUUGAAGGGAAAAUAACUAGAGUAGGCGGCACGGUGGCCGACUGGUUAGAGCGUCAGCCUCACAGUUCUGAGGUGCGGGGUUCAAUCCCCGUCCCCGCCUGUGUGGAGUUUGCAUGUUCUCCCCGUGCCUGCGUGGGUUUUCUCCGGGCACUCCGGUUUCCUCCCACAUCCCAAAAACAUGCAUGAAUUGGAGACUCUAAAUUGCCCGUAGGCAUGACUGUGAGUGCGAAUGGUUGUUUGUUCCUAUGUGCCCUGCGAUUGGCUGGCAACCAGUUCAGGGUGUACCCCGCCUCCUGCCCGAUGACAGCUGGGAUAGGCUCCAGCACCCCCGCGACCCUAGUGAGGAGAAGCGGCUCAGAAAAUGGAUGGAUGGAUAACUAGAGUAAACUUGAAUUAGCAGAGUAAUUGUAAAUGUGCCUUCAUGCCUCUGAUUAUGAGCAUUAACCCAGCUCAUGGCAAAGAAAGACAAAAGAUCUCUCCCUCUGGGCGCAUAUACUGUAGUUAAUGAAUAUAAUUAGACCAUAAACCAUCGGGAAACAACACUUCAUUUCUGUAAUGUUUUUGUGCCACCCAUCCAGUGCAGUUCUGAGCCUCCAGAGACUGGGAUGCUGCUUGUGUUGAGCCCAUGGGAGAUUAUACUGUAUUUCAACCUGCUGGCCAAAUGACUUAAUCCAGUAAAUGUGUGUGUGUGUUGGGGGGGGGACCUUGAAGAUCACACCAAGUCCCUUAGCUGCAUUUCUGUAAACUGCAUACAAGAGAAACUCAAACUAACAAGUUUAGUGACCUUUCACAAGUCAUUUUGUAGUAAAAUAUUAGUCUUUGUAGAGUGAAAUGUCUUCCAAAUUUGACACACCACAGAAAAGAGUGUUGUUAACAACCCUGCCAAAUUUUAAGGAUUUAAAAAAGUAAAGUAACGUAUAUAAAAUAAGGCUUCUCAAUUGUGAAAAAUCAAGCUAUUAUCUCCACUCUCCAACACUGUGGGCGUAUCGGCUGAAUGUGCUGAAAACCCCGCAUUGCUCAACUGUCAAUCAAGUAUCACUGCUAUGACCUGGAAAAAUGGAUGCUACACAUUCCCAUGCCGUGACAAAGAGGCGCUCUAAAGCGGCCACGCCAGCGCACAGCCUGGUUCCUGGCUGUCAAGUUAGAUUUUUUUUUUCCUCACUCUUCCGCGCUCUCUCCCUACGCACACUCAUGGCUGACAACGAAGCGCUCUAAAGCGGCCACGACAGCUCAGAAGGCCUGGUCCACACCCUAGGUGUCAUGUCUCACUUUUUUCCCUCUUAAUCUACAGCCUUGUCUCCUUGAUGUGUGCGCACUCAUGGCUGACAACGAGGCACUCUUAAGAUGUUUGAGUCCCGGUGGCAUCAGUGGAACAGUCCGCCCCCGACAAUCAUAAUAGCACCACCCGUCUCUUCAUCAUCCUCCGUGAACAAAGAACUAACCUCCUAACCAACAAACAGAUGGACCAACCAACACAAGUUCGGCCUUUGCAGAGGUCUGCCAUAUGGUCAUUGGAAAGAAUCAAAAUUACGGCUGACUUACUGUACAUUACUGUAUGUUGUCAGGGGCCAUGAAGAUACUAGAUAAAUUAACAAUGAUCCAAUCCAUUGAGAUUAAACGUCUAUAGUCUAAUCAAACAUCUGUUGAGAUACUUUAAUCAAAAUGCACUGACGGAGCGACGGACAGGCAGACCAGCCAUUAACAUCUCACAGCAACUGCUCAAAACCAUCCUUCAUUCUCUACAUUAGAUUAUUUCCCUUUGCAACAUUUAUUACUGCGCCGUCCCCUGUAGCUACUGUGUUAUCGAGAAAUUACUCGUAAUGUCCGCCUCUUGCGGCGCUAAUUUGUGGCGCCGUGUCUUUUAAAUGUUUAAUUGUUCCUGAUAAGAAUGUCAGAAAAAGGGGCCGGAUAGUAAUUAAUGUGGCUACAGUUCCUUUACUAUAUAUACGUGUGUGCUAGGAAGUCAAAAAGCAAGGGGGGCGGGUUUAUUAACCUUUCUGGGCUUGCUGGAUCCGUGACAUGUAUGUUGUAUGUAUGACAUAACUGUAUACAUGUAUCAGCGUGACCUUCUUUACUAUGCAUCAAGGUGAUGGGCGGCAGACAGAGAUCAUCAUGGAUGGAGAUAGCGUGCAACCAUCACUGUGAGGCUGGCCUUUAUUCGAGUGUUGACAGCAGGUCUAUGACCUGAGGGGUAAACCUUGCAUGGUAAUGACUGUGUUGCCAAUGGGUUCAUAUAAGGCAAGAUUGCGUUCACGACAUAUGUGCAAAGCAUGAUUAAAUGCGAAGCACUAAAGAUGGCCGUUUUCCUCAAAGUGUAAACUCAACAAUGACGCAAGGAUAGUAUAGGAUAUGUAUAUUAUAUGGACAUUAGUAUUGGGAUACUUGGCCAUGACAUCAACAGAAAGUAAAAAUGGAAGGAAAAAGUGGACUUGCAUCUAUAACAACUUUCACGCUGAUUCCCCCAUGACUCUUCCAAGACUAACAGCUACAGUACAUGUUUCUACGGGAACCUGUACAAAUGUGGUGGAUACACAGAGAGUUCCCAGGACUGCCGCAAACUCCCCCGUGAACACCAUCCCCACUGUCCCAUAAAAACACAUUUACAGUGUUGCCUUGCGAUACGAGAUUAAUUCACUCUUUGAUCACGCUCGUCUCAAAUCAUUCCCCCCCACUGAAAUGAAAUGCCAUUACUCUAUCGUUAGCCUCCUAAAAACAUUUUUUUGCAAUGUGUUUUUAAUAAGGAAAAUAACUCUCUCAUAUUGUACUUUAUAAAAACAUAGAGUAAUAAACAUAAAUAAAUAGAAUGCAAAGAAAAAAAUUGUUUGUGCAUCAUGAUUAAUUUAUUGCAGAUCCUUCUGGUGUGCUCAACUUGGUCACCUGGAGCAGUAUAAUACAGUUAUGCCGACAAACAAACAAGAGGAUCACAACUUCUGUAAGUGGCUCAGUAAACCGUAGUAAUAUUAGUCUUUCUUCGCAGAGGAUAAAAAAAAUAUGGGAGUGUUUUUAUACUGUUUGUCUGCAUGUGUUGCUUUGUGUCCAAAUAUCUGUUGCUUAAAGUGUGAUAACACUGCCAUAUAGAUGCUAUUCAUUAGCCCGUCUAUGGUGUUUCCCAUUAUGGACUUUAAGGCAAAGUUAUGUGGUGGUUUUAAAUACGCAAUGUGUAAUUAGCUUUGGUUUACGGUAUGUUUAUUUUGACAGUAAACUUCAACUGCAAGUGGCAUUCAACAGCUUUGAAGCCUCUCUUUUGAAGAAUUGAUCAUGAUCUGCCAAACGGCUGCUUGUUGUGAAAUGAGAUAACCACAAUGCCACCGUACAGUGCUCGUAUCUCAAACUUUGGCUUGCAAGUCAAAGCAAAAAAAAAAAAAAAAACGUCAGAAACCACAACUUGUACAAGUCAGCUCAUUUGUAUUUCAAGGCAAAACUGUACAUUACUUGGACUCUUUUACUCUUGUGAUAUUCCCCAUAUCCCCCCUUUAGAGACCAACAGGAGUAUGUUUCUGCAGGAGCCUGUGAAAAUGUGGGGGGAGAAAACAGACAGUUCUCAGGAUUUUCUCAAGUUCCCUCUUGAACACUGUUACCACUCCCCCAUUAUAAUAAAAUAAAAUACACACACACACACACACACACACACACACACAUUAAUUACAUGUACAGUUUCACAGUUUCAAUAUUCCCACCAUUACUGCCAUUUUCCUUUUUUUAACAUUGGUACAUCUAAAAUCCAUUUAAUGAGACACGUGUCAAAUUUGACCUUGAACAGCCUCUGUGUACACAAACUCUGUAGCACCUGUACAUAGGAAAGACAUUUUUAAACAUUUUAAUUGAAAGAAUGACAUUUGGGGUAUUUCUAUUCCUGUCAAAUGUCAAAAUGGGUCAGUACGUUGGGCAUAAAUUAACCAAACUGUUCCCAAAAAGUAGGGAACAGCCAAUGUCUUGUUUGGAAUUACAAUUUGGGGGAGUAGGAGGUAUUGUCCAAUCAUGAUUGAUUGGGUAAUUAAUUAACAAAAUGUAGCCACUCGCAAGUUAAUCUUUCAACCACAUGAUAGAGCAGCGACUCUUUUUCUAGUUCUAGUUGUGGCUAUAUCAAUUAUUAAAAAGUAAAACACAAGCAACAAUAUGAACUUGACUGAUUGUCAGAUCACUAGAUUAUGAAGUAUCUUCUAUUAGUAAUAGCGCAGAUGAAUAUUGAUAAGCAGAAAUUAAGUUUUAAGACAUUUUUUUUGUACUGAAGAGAAUGUAUAUAUAUAUAUAUAUAGAUAUAUAUAUAUAUAUAUAUAGUCACUGAUGGUGUGGUGGUACACUCGCCUGACUUUGGUGCGGGCAGCGUGGGUUCAGUUCCCACUGAGUGACGGUGUGAAUGUGAGUGCGAAUGGUUGUCCGUGUCUAUAUGUGCCCUGCGACUGACUGGCGACCAGUUCAGGGUGUAGUCCGCCUUUCGCCCGAAG